AUGUCCAAGUCUGCUGCCGGGUAUUCCCGAGCUCAGGAUCGAACGGCGAUGCCAUCGAAGCGGGUCCCGACGCUCCCCGUUAUCACAAUUGUCCCUGAUGCCAACCCGACUUGUCCUGUCAGGCGGGGGCCUGCUCAACACCAGGCGCAGAAUUCCUCAAGAUCGACUUGGAACUCAAGCUUCUUCGACUGUUGCUGCUCCGUAGCUCCAACAUAUUGCUGUAUUGUCACGUGUUGCCCCUGCACUACUAUCGCGUCGGUGAAGGAAAGCUUAAGUGGUGGGUACGAGAGGACAUUGCUGUAUUUCGGUGGACUUGCGCUAGGAUUCCUGGUAUCCGUCGGUUUCGCGGCGUCCAACACGUCCAACACGUCCGAGGACACUGAGGACAUUCCAGUCGGUCCAGGACCACCAUCGCCGUCAGAGUUUCCUCAGGAUGGAGACUCUGGCCAUUCAAUCAUGUGGCAAGCCUUUGCAGCGUUGUUUUUGAUCACAUUCCUGCUUGGUGUGUGGCGGCUUCGCAUGCAGACACGUCACAGUCUCGGUAUCCAAGGCUCGCAUGUUAACGACUGCCUCUCCAGCUUUCUCUGCUGUUUUUGUGUUAUCUCACAACUUCAUCUCGAACUCAAAUGUCAGCACAACGAACCGCCAGCGCGGCAUAAUCGAACGGGUCAAGGUGACAACAACUUAUCAUCAACUUAUCAAGUUGACACGCUGGCGCCCUACGCCGUCAUGUAAUAUCGAAUGCGAUAAAAAAAAU